AACCCAGGCUUGACCCUUUAAGGCUUCAGUUGUAAAGAAAACCAUUGAAUUUAGUGACUACUUGAACUGUCUACAAAAUUCAUGCAUUCAGAGUCGAGAGCAGUAUGCUAUAAGAUCAAAACAUCAUAACGUCGAGACCAUUAGACAGAGAAAAAUUGCUCUUAGUCCUUAUGACGAUAAAAGAUUCCUUCAAGAGAACAAUACAGAUACACUUGCCUGGGGGCAGUACAAAAUACAACAACAACAACAACAACAAAAUGGAAACGUUUAAUUCCAGCAAAGAGAAGUGUGUACGAUUCAAGGAAGAGCCUACCAUUCACUUGAUGUAUACAUGGAGAUUUGCGCAUCACCAAGCUCGAUGUGGGAAGUGGGAGGAGGCUGCACGUGAUCGAGAACGUUUCAGACGAAGAAUUGUGCAGACAAAUGAAAUUAUAAUGCCAGUACUUUUGAAAAAAUUGAAGGAAAUGUAA